AUGUUUUAUGUUUCAAGAAAUUUUUCACGGCGUUCACUUCCACCAUGGGAUUUUCAGUGGUAUCUACUUGAUGAAAGUCUUCACGAUAACUUUUCCUACUCCAUUGCAGCAUCGAUGACAAUGUUCUCCACAUCUAUCACUUCAGGAUUUUCAGAUUUAAUUCGUUCCGUGUUCAUUGUCUGGAUCUCAUUCACGUGCCCAGAUGUUACUUGGGUGAAAGACAUCGGCCAUAAUGACCAUAGUUUAUAAUUUUAAAAAAUUUCUCAGCGACUGAUAGUGUGUUAGCGUAUCGUACACGACGUAUUUUCUGCAUGUAUGUGUGUGUGGUUAGGAUGUGGAAUUACGUCGUUUCUACUGUUGCGUUUAUUAUUGAAACAUCAACAUGAGUGCAUAGAUAGUUGCGUACUUAUUAUCGGAAAUUUUAAGAAUGAUGAAAUACUCUUCGCGUUUGAUUUUGAAAAUUUCCUAUUUCACAAUAGUGAAUUAGUGUUGCAAAACAAGAUACGGUUUGCUCCUUGAGUUCGUAAUAUAGAUAAUGUAGAUAUUGUACAAUAGCCCUUCUGGUUAUUGUAUUGUUUAAUAAGAAAUGCUUGUUUUUUAGUAGCCCUUCUGGCUACUAUAUCGCGAUUUUCUUUUCAGUAGUCAUUUUGGCUAGAUUUGCAGCACUUCCAUGUGGUGAGAUCUGAAUAAUAAGUAUUAUUUGAUAUAUAAUUAUUACGAACUUUUGAUAAAAUUUAUUUGAGCCGACAGGUUCUUUAAUAUUUUAUUAAUUAACUUUACAAAUUAAUUUACUGCAUGAAAGAAGAAACCGUCGUAAUACCGUAAAACGUGUAGAAUCUAUAUAAUUCUGAUAUUAUAGUAGAAUGA